UUUCUAGUCCUUUUAUUUUCUCCUUUAAUCUCCUCCCUCCCAAAUCUCACCCUAAAAUUACUAUCAUUAUUUUAAUUAUUAUUAUUAUUAUUAUAUCAUGAAAACCCAUCAACAACCUAAAAACCAUAUUAUUAUUUUACCAUUAUCAAACAAAAUCAUACAAUAUUUUCUAUUCAUAAUUCCAUACUUCCUUAUUUUAAUUUGUGGAAUUAUUAUUGGAAUUUCUUUUUCUCCUAAAUAUUCAUCACCUCUUGAUAUUAAAAAUAAUUAUUUCAUCACUUCCAAAGAACUCAUAAACAUAACCACAAAUCAUACAUCCUUUCCACGACUAUCAUCUACAAGUCCGCGGAAGCGGCCACAACGAUUACACCGUCUGCCGCUGCCGCCGAAGAUGUUACCGUCACCAGCCCCGGCAAAUCGGAAACUAGGGUUCGUGUCGGCAUUACCAUUAAAACAUGAUAUGGAUGAUGAAGAAUUAUUAUGGAUGGCUUCCAUGGCUCCAAAAAUAGAAGACAAGAAAAUAAUGGAAAAAUUAGAACAAAAACCUAAAAUAGCGUUUAUGUUUUUAGUACGUGGGAAUUUGCCAAUGGCCCCACUUUGGGAUAAAUUCUUUCGUGGAUAUGAAGGAUUAUACUCUAUUUACGUGCAUGCUGGCCCUUGUUUUAAUGGAACAUACCCUAAAUAUUCUGUCUUUUUUGCUCGAACAAUCCCAAGCAAGGUGGUAGAAUGGGGCAAAUUUAACAUGGUAGAAGCGGAGCGACGUCUAUUAGGCAACGCCCUACUAGACCACUCAAACCAACGUUUCGUACUCCUCUCAGAAUCAUGCAUCCCCCUAUUCAACUUCAGCACAAUUUAUUCCUACCUAAUAAACUCUAAAAAAAGCUACAUUGAAGUAUAUGAUAAUAAAGGCAAGACCGGAAGAGGCCGAUACAACAACCAUAUGUACCCUAAGGUUCGACUUUCUCAAUGGCGAAAAGGGUCUCAAUGGUUCGAGAUGAAUCGCGAGUUAGCCCUCGAGGUCAUCUCGGAUCGAAAAUACUUCCCUAUUUUUGCAAAAUAUUGUAAGAACUCUUGUUAUGGAGAUGAACAUUACAUACAAACAUAUGUGAAUAUUAAGUUUCCAAAUAAAAAUUCAGGAAGAAGUGUGACAUGGGUUGAUUGGUCUGUUGAAGGGCCCCACCCAGGGAGAUAUGAAAGGUAUUGGACAACACCACAAUUGUUGAUCAAUUUGAGGAGUAAUGCUACAUGUGAAUAUAAUGGGGAGAAGACUAAUGUUUGUUAUUUGUUUGCAAGGAAGUUUAUGCCUAGUAGUUUGGAUAGAUUGAUGAGAUGGUCUCAUAGAUAUUUGAUGUAUGGUUAAGUUGUUAAGUUAAUUAAGAUUGUUAAAAUACUCAUUUGCAAAUGAGGGAGAUGGGAGUUGUUUUUUGUGAGUUGGGAUUUUAUGUAAAUUGAUUAAUGAUGCUUAAACAUUAUUCUUUAAAUAUUUGUUGCCCAAUAAAUUAUAUUUGGUUUUGAUUUUGUGUUUGUGAACUAUGUUAAUGUUUAAAUGGAAAGAAAACCCUUGAGUUUGAAAAUAGAUUCAUUUGUUUUAUCCCAACUCUUCUGUUUUCAGCACGGCACUACCAUGGCCCAUGGGGGUCAA